AUGUCUUCUUCUUCACCUCAAUCUCCUUCCGGUUCACCAACCAUGUCUGAUUCAAGCACGCCGCUCCUCGGCUCGCGUCAAGGCUCGCGGCAAGGCUCGCGGCGACGUCAGCAGCCUGUAAUCGCUGUCCUGUUAGGCCGAGCUUCGGGUCGGCGAGGAGCUUCGAUGGUCGUCAGAGAGACGGCGGCGCAGGAGCUUGAAGAACGACGAGCCGAUUGGGGAUACUCGAAGCCUGUCGUGGCUCUUGAUAUGCUCUGGAACACUGCCUUUGUGGUUGUCGCUGUGGUGAUGCUCUUGAUUUCCAAGGAGGAGAAUCCGAACGUGCCGAUUAGGAUUUGGAUCUGUGGGUACGCGCUUCAGUGUCUUGUUCAUGUGGUGCUUGUGUGGUUGGAGUUUAGGAAGAGGAACGCGAGCCGUCGAGGUGCGGAUUUGGAAGCUGGGGAAGGUUCUGGUAAUGGGAAUAGCCAUGAUAGCGACGAUGAUGAUGGUGAUGAGAGGAUCCUCAGCACAAAGACUUGCGAAUCAAUGAACACCAUAAUAUCAUUCGUCUGGUGGAUCGUUGGCUUCUACUGGCUUAUAUCUGGUGGUGAUAUCCUUCUGGAAAAUGCAUCGCAUUUGUACUGGUUGACUUUUGUUUUCCUAGCAUUUGAUGUGUUCUUCGCCGUCUUCUGCGUUGUGCUGGCUUGUCUUAUCGGAAUCGCACUCUGUUGCUGCCUCCCUUGUAUCAUUGCUCUUCUUUACGCCGUUGCCGGACAGGAGGGUGCAUCAGAAGCAGAUCUCAGCAUCCUUCCCAAGUACAAGUUUCAGAUGAUGAACAAUGGUGAAAAGCAAACUGAUGGUGGCGGGAAAAUGAUACCUAUCGAGGCAGGUGCUGAGUACUCGGGAAACGAACGUGUGCUUCUUCCUGAAGAUGCUGACUGUUGUAUAUGUCUGAGUUCUUAUGAAGAUGGAACAGAGGUGGUCGCACUUCCUUGCAACCACCACUUUCAUUCCACUUGUAUCGUGAAAUGGCUGAAGAUGAACGCGACAUGUCCGUUGUGCAAGUUCAAUAUUCUCAAAGGUAAUGAACAAGAAUGA